AUGUUCGGGAUUCAUCACGGCCUCCCGCGAGGCUCCACGGCGAGCCUGAAGGAGGAGCCGCUCGCGGUUCGCUCAUGGAUGCACUCGAGCGGCGUGGUAGACGCCAAUGCCGCCGCUCAGAGCGGGGUAGGGUUAGCACGAGCCCACUUUGAGAAGCAGCCGCCGUCCAAUCUGAGAAAGUCCAACUUCUUCCAUUUCGUGUUGGCGCUGUACGACCGCCAGGGUCAGCCCGUGGAAAUCGAGCGCACCGCCUACGUGGACUUUGUGGAGAAGGAGACGGAACCCACCGCAGAAAAAACCAACAACGGAAUUCAUUACAAACUCCAGCUGCUCUACAGCAACGGAGUUAGAACGGAGCAAGACCUCUACAUCAGACUCGUUGAUUCCGUGACCAAGCAGGCGAUCGUCUAUGAAGGUCAAGACAAGAAUCCGGAGAUGUGCCGAGUCCUGCUGACCCAUGAGAUCAUGUGCAGUCGCUGCUGCGAUAAGAAAAGCUGCGGAAACAGAAACGAGACACCGUCCGACCCGGUCGUCAUCGACAGGUUCUUCCUCAAGUUCUUCCUCAAGUGUAACCAGAAUUGUCUGAAAAAUGCUGGAAACCCAAGAGACAUGAGGAGGUUCCAGGUGGUGGUGUCCACAACGGUCAGCGUGGACGGACAUGUCCUCGCCGUCUCAGACAACAUGUUCGUGCACAACAACUCCAAACAUGGCCGCCGAGCUCGUAGACUGGACCCGUCUGAAGCGGCGUGUCCGUGCAUCAAGGCCGUCAGUCCCAGCGAGGGAUGGACGACCGGGGGCGCAACGGUCAUCCUCAUCGGGGAAAACUUCUUUGACGGCCUUCAGGUGGUCUUCGGGAGCAUGUUGGUGUGGAGCGAGCUCAUCACGCCCCACGCCAUCCGUGUGCAGACUCCCCCCCGACACAUCCCCGGAGUGGUGGAGGUCACCUUGUCCUACAAGUCCAAGCACUUCUGCAAGGGGGCGCCCGGACGCUUCAUCUACACGGCGUUAAACGAGCCCACCAUUGAUUACGGCUUCCAGAGGUUACAGAAGGUCAUUCCCCGGCACCCUGGGGACCCGGAGCGGCUGCCCAAGGAAGUGCUACUGAAACGAGCCGCUGACAUGGUGGAGGCGUUGUAUGCGAUGCCUCAUAGCAACCAGGAGAUGAUCCUGAAGCGAGCGUCGGACAUCGCCGAGGCGCUCUACAGCGUCCCGCGGAACCACAGCCAGAUCCCGUCGCUGUCAAACGCGGCUUCCCACGGCAUGAUGGCCGUCAACUCCUUCGGUGGCCAGCUGGCGGUCAAUGUCAAUGACACGACUCAAGGCGGGUACACUCGCAACGGCAACAGCCAACAAUCCCCCAGAGGAUACGCCCCCAGCUCCACCCCCCAGCAGAGUAGCUACGGCAACAGCGUCAGCAACGGCGUCAACGGCUACUCUAACACUAGCAUGCCUAACCUCGGGGUGGCGUCUUCACCCAACUUCCUCAAUGGAUCCUCCGCCAACUCCCCCUACGGCACUGUGACGACCAGUCCCACCAUGACGGUGUCCAACUGUAGCUCCGCCCACAGCGUCUUUGCCUUCUCUGCUAGCGUAAAAGCCAAGAGCGCCUUCGCUCCAGUGGUUAGACCCGCCUCCUCACCGCCACUGCCGAGCAAUAACUGCGGAGUCUCCACUGGACUGCAAGGCAUGUCGGGCCUGGUGGUGCCACCUAUGUAG